AUGCGCUCUCCGGCGACCCCAUCCCGGCGAGACGAGCGCGCACCUUCCUUCCUCAAGAUCCUCGAUCCUCCAUCGGCGACGCCUUCCUGUUCAGACGAGCGGACGCCAUUCGCCGCCAAGAUACUCGACCCUUCAUCGGCGCACCCUUCGGUGACUUCUACAUCUCGAACGACAACCUCGAAUGCGAGCCCCUACGCAUCUCCUUCGGCGGCGGCCCAAGGUCCGCCUUACGCUUUGAACAUGGUCAAACCGCCAGUCGCGACGAACGGGUCGGUGGAAGACGUCGAGAUUCUUGAGCGGAUUGCGGUCGCGGGAAUGCCGGGAAUGACUUGGUGGAGUCUUGAUGGGACGAGCCUGAAGGCGGGAGAUGCGGUUGCUCUCCAGAUUGUGGACGCGGCAGGUCAGGUCGGAUACUCUGUGAAUCGCCACGUCGCCGAAGCUCGCUUGAACGAAUACUGCCACUACCCCGGUGCAUUGUGGCCGCCCUCGCGCUGGGACGGCAACCACUUCGUCGGCAUCCUCCUCAUCCUCCUCGGCAUCGCUUUCUUCGCAGUAGGCGGGGUCGAGCGUCUCAAGACCUGGUGGAAGACACGGCAUCUGCGGCGGUCUGUUGAGCCGACGACGAGCGAUGUGCCGCUGCAGGAGCGGAGAAAUGAGGGCGCGACGCAUGUCCUGGGAGACGACGAGGAGCGUACUUCGCUGGAAGACGAGGACAGGCCUUUGUUGCGGGACGACGAAGCGCCGGGAGAGGCGCCGCCAGCUUACGAUGAGGUAGCGAAGGAGGAGGAGGACGUAGAACGGGCGGAUCUGCGGAUAGACGAGCGGGAGGGUUCUAGACGAGUAGGAUAG